AAUCAUGCAAGUUGGCCUUCGUUAACUUUUUCCCCUCUGUUUUCUCUCUCUACGUUAAUACUUACACAUUUAUGAUGCAAAAUACCUGAAUUUCAUUGUGUGAAACUGUGAAUUCAAACCCCAGAUCCAUUUUUCUCGCAGUUUCUGCGAAACUCUGUUCAUUGUACAUUAAAUUCUGAGCUUCUCUACCUUUUCCGCUACUUUUGUUCGGCAAAUCUCUCUUUAAAUCACACAUCAUUCGCAAUCUCGCGAGGAAUCCCCUUCUUGGGUUACUUAAAAGUUGAGUAUUGGCUUCAGAUUGUGGUGCAUUGAUCAUUUCCUUUCUGGGUUCUCGAUCUUAGGGAUUUUCACUGCUAUAGCUGUGGAUUGAUAAUUCCGGAAAUGAGGGAUGUUCUCUUGGCUUGGAAGAUUGGUGUCCUCGUGUUUGCGCCCUUUCAGUCGAUAUGCCCGUAUGAACAGGGAUGAUGAUGGAAGCGCGGGAGGUGAUGAUGAUGGGCUUCUGUGGUCCAGAGACCUUGAGAAGCAUUCCCAUGGCGAGUUUUCUUUUGCAAUGGUCCAGGCGAACCAAGUCCUUGAGGAUCAAAGCCAGGUCGAGACAGGCCGCAGUGCCACCUUUGUGGGGGUCUAUGACGGCCAUGGUGGGUGUGAGGCCGCAAAGUACAUCUCUGAUCACUUGUUUCGUCAUUUUCUAAAACUGGCGAAAGAAACUGGAACGAUCUCCGAUGAAAUCAUCAAAAGCUCAGUAUCCGAAACAGAAAACGGUUUCCUAACUCUUGUCCGGAGAGCUUACACAAUUAGACCAGAUAUUGCAGCAAUCGGAUCAUGCUGUCUAGUCGGAGUUAUCUGGAAGGGAACACUCUAUGCUGCUAAUCUAGGCGAUUCAAGAGCCGUGAUUGGCUAUCUGGAUCGACCAAACAAAAUUGUGGCGGAGCAGCUGACCAGAGAUCACAAUGCCUCUCUGGAGGAGGUGAGGAAAGAAUUGAAGAUGUCGCACCCUGAAGAUCCGCAGAUCUUAGUCCUCAGGCAAGGCGUCUGGCGCAUCAAGGGCAUUAUUCAGGUGUCGAGAUCCAUUGGGGAUGCGUAUCUAAAGAGGCCGGAGUUUGCUCUUGACCCUACGUUUCCUAGGUUUCACCUCCAGGAGCCUCUCCGCCGUCCUGUCCUGAGAGCUGAUCCAGCCAUGUUCAUCAGGCUCUUACAACCCAAAGACAAAUUCAUCAUUUUUGCAUCUGAUGGUCUCUGGGAGAACUUGACCAAUCAAGAGGCUGUUGAGAUUGUCCAUAACAAUCCAAGGCUGGGUAUAGCCAGAAGGCUCAUCGUGUCAGCUUUGAUGAAGGCAGCCAAGACGAGGAAGAUCCCGUAUAAUGAGAUCAAGAAGCUUAAUCAGGGCACGAGGAGACAGAUACAUGAUGACAUCACGGUUGUCGUGCUCUUCAUUGACCAUGAGAUGAUACAGAGGAAAGUGGGUGGGCCUGAGCUAUCGAUACGAGGAUACACGGACACUGCCGGACCAUCGAAUUUUGAUUUCUAGUGAGAGUCGGAUUGCCAUCAAGAUUUGCAACACACCAUGUUUAGUGUCUUCGAGUCAUCUUCUCACUUCAAUUUCUAACAGCUGCUUUGUGAUUUGUCGUUACCAGAUUUGAUGAGACAGGAUCCAUAUACUUUGAUUUGCAUCAUUGUUUGUAAGAAAUGUUUGAGAUAUGUGCAAUUUUCUGUUUAAUUGGUUAAUGCAUCUGCAAAGAAUGUUGAGAUGGCUUCAAUUGCAAGCUGUGUUUUUUCA